AUGGCAGAGAAAGAAGGUCACAUCCCAGCUUGGGAUGGCCGUGCACAAACAUGGCGACGAUACACCAAAGAAGUCGUCUGGUAUGUGAGAUCGACUCCAACUCACAAGAGACAGUACUGUGCCACUCGACUUCUCUCUCGGCUUACAGGGCCGGCACGGCUACUUGCAAUGUCAUGGGUUGAUCUCAAUCUCGAUCAUCCAGAUGGUGUACGUGAACUUCUCCAGCGACUUGCCGCUUCGCCCUUGGUGCGGCAGAGCCUGCCAAAUGCGGCAGCCAUUUGCCAGCAAUACUUUCAGUUCCAUCGGAAGCCCUCAGAAUCCAUCCAGUCAUUCCUUGUGCGAGAAGCUUUGGGCUACACUGAAUUCGUGGAGGCCUUAGUCCGCCUCUAUGAGGACAAACAUGGUGUCCGUCAGGAAGACAAGGACUAUGGUCUGCCCAAGGCCGAUGAGUUGGAAGAGUGGAAUGAAUGGGAAGAAGGAAAUACCGAUUCUCCUCAUAGUUCUCGACGCCGUUCUGCUCGAGCUGCACAUGCUUCAGAAUAUGGCGACGCUCCCUGGCCUGAUGAAGAAGACCCCUUGCAGCCGGAAAGCGGCUCACCUUGGCAUGCUUCCACUGUGCCCUCACGUCAGUCCGUUGGAGUUCAACCGAGCACCAGUGGACCUCCGGAAUUAUCCUGGACCGACAGUUUUGUCCUGGGCGUUCUUCGUGGGUUCCGACUGCUGCAGUCCUCAGGCCUGACGCCGGAGGAUAAGCGAGAUAUCAUCAGCACCACUCGUGGCAGUCUUGAGUUCGAUGUGGUGGCAAGAGCUCUCCAGACUCUAUGGGAUGAACAAUUCCUGGGCCGGCAGAAUAACACCUACCAGAACCACAUGCUUGAGGAGCACGACGCUCUUGUGGCUGAGAAUGGUGACUGGUCCUGGGCACUACAUGGUGACUCAUGGGAGUCUGGUGGCUGGGAGGAUUGGUCUGAUCCUCAUUCGCAGUACUAUGCUGCGGACUGGACUGACUAUGAUUGGGAGGACGCUCAUGUACAAGAAGCUUCUGCUGAGGACACUGAGGCCUUGAAGGAGGCUCAACAGGCUGAAAAGGUUGCUGAAUCCUUGGCCGCAGAAGCUCAGAGAACUUGGAGCGAGGCCCAGAGGGCCACAGCUGCCUUGCGUCGAGAUCGAGGGUUUGGACACGUUGUUGGUGCCCCUGGUAAAGGUGGAAAAGGACCCUGUUUCAUUUGUGGUGGACCUCACUACUCCAAGGUAUGCCCCGACAGACGUCAUCCUUCCUACUCUAAGGGCUAUAAGGGGAAGAAUAGCUUCUACCAGUAUGACUACAACCCUGAAGAGCUCUAUUUUGUUGGGAAGGGCAAGGGCAAACAGAAGGGAAAGCACUCCACCUUCUUCGCCUCCAAGGGGAAGAAGGGAAAGGGGAAGUCAUCUUCCUCGAUGAUGACACGGCCGCCUGUCAAUGCCUAUGCGGCCGAUGAAGUUUUCAUGGGCGCCUUAGAGAUCGCUGAGGCUCACCGGGCGGAAACCGCCACGCCCCUAGAGGCCAUGGGAGCCCACCAAGGUUUGCUUGAUUGCGGUGCGACAGCUUCGGCUGGCCCCCAAGUUGCUGUCGAGAGCCUCAUGAAGGCCAUUCUGUCGAAAGACCACCAAGCUCAGAUCGAGAUCCAAAAGGAUGAGAGACCAUACUUUCGUUUCGGAAACGGUCGUUGGGGGCAAGCACUUUAUCGUGUACAUGUUUGUUCAAGGGCAUCCGGUGAACCUCGCAUCUUCCAACUAUAUGCGCUACCAAACCCUCCUGAUCUUCAUGAUCCCAACUUUGAUAGGUCUACGUUGGUUCCUAUUUUGGUAGGGAUGAGUCAUUUGGCUGGGUCGUGUUCGUCGAUGGCGGUGGACUUUCGAACUGGGAUGGCCAUGGACACCUUCAAGAAUGAACCUGAAGCCUAUAGACUUCCAAGCAACCGCAAGGGCCACUAUAUCCUGGAUAUUGUCAACUACCUCACUGGGGGACGUGAGAUUCUUGAAGGUCAUGCAGCCAUCCGAGUGACGUCGAGCCGAACUUCGAGUCAAGCGGAUCUGCACGUGUUAGAGUUUCAUCCUCUUGAGCAUUAUGAUGGUUUUGUCCAACAGCCUGUAGAGAUUUCAGAAGUUGAUUUGCAGCAUUCUCUUCAUUGUCUUCAACGUUUGCAUGAGCACAGUCGUCAACUCUCCAAUGCUUCAGCUGGCACUCCCUCCGAUCUCGUGGUGGUGGCCAUCAAGGCAUCGACACCCAAGAAGAAGGAGACAGCUCCCCUCGACCACGACCGCUCCUUCAAGAUGGACACAAGGGAUCCUCGUGCCAGCAGCACUCAGUGGCCGUGCUUCGCCAAACAUGUUCCGGCCACCAUGAAGUACAACCCUCACGGAGCAUGGAUCAACUGCGCAGUCUGCCAUGUCCGCCUGGAGUACAUCCCUCGUGUGGGCUCUCCGGGACAACACACCAAGCUCGACAAUCCGGCCAUGGUCAAGCGCGUGCUCAAGGAGCUCUACGACCUGAUGGACGGAGAAUCACCGACAGAGGACAUCUGUCGUGCGAUGCAAGCCAAGAUCGACGCGGAGGAGGCCUUGCUCAAGCUGGUGGCCGAUGCCAAGAAGUCACCACCGAAGACACCUCCGUCGACGGGCUACAAGACACCAGUGCAGGACCUGACCCUCUCCAUGAGUCAGCGACCAAGCUCCCCGGCUCCCUCCUGGAACAUGGUUCAUGCGGUGACGGGCACUCAGUCACCGAGUUCCGAGGAUUCGGGACCUCUCACCGGAGCCGACAUGGAGAAGCUGCUGACCGAGGAAGAGAAGAUUCGUCUUGCCGCCCUUCUACGAGAUCGAAAGGGUUGGAGUGAAGCACCUAUGAUCGACCUCGAGCGCUAUUUCCAUGAGAAUGACCUCUUCUGGCAAGGUUGCCGUGUAGACGGGUGUGUCUAUGGUAUGCGCAACCUGAAGGACACUGACUUCAUUAAGAAGAGUUGGAAGAUCAUGACCACCGAUGAGUACUUCUGGAAGAUCUAUCGGGCAAAGACUUGUGGUGGUGGUCACAGUCACAGUUGGAUCCAAGGAGCAGAGACUGCCCGAUCUGCCUAUUAUCCUUGGAAGCUAUGUCAAGCUAUUGCUCGCACUUGGCGGCAGCAAUUCCUCUCCGACAAGAAUGUCAACUACCUCUUCCGAAACUAUGACAAGCCUACAACGGUGCAGGACCUCUUGGCUGCUGAAGAAGAGGCACUACAGCCUGAACUACCUCAAGAAGAUGAUCUUCUUCCACGAGUACCAGACUAUGCUGAUGGCAUCAUUCCUUCCAAUGCAGAACGUCAACAAUGGCAAGCUAAGGACACUCGAACCUUUCAGAAUGCAGACCCUUCUCACGAGUUCGCCAAGCUGAUUCAACAACGACAAGCUGCUGAAGAAGUGGCCACUCGCACUCGAGCCAAGAGAGUGCUCUCCAAAUUGAGCAACACCAUCGUCCGUCAACCUCUCAGAAACUUCAACCCCAUGGACAUGGUCAUGGUUUGGCGACGGCUCCAACCCACCUUGAUUCACAAGGGUGUUCGUGGAGGUCUCAAGAAGGCUGCCAAGCCUCGAUGGAUUGGACCUGGAAGAGUUGUUUUUCAAGAGCUACUUCCUCAUCAAGAAGAAGGAGAUCACCGACGGCAUAUCUUGUGGGUUCUGGUGGGCAGCAAGAUGCUUCGUUGCUCAGUGCACUCUGUUCGACCUGUCACUGAGACUGAGCGCUUCACCUACGAGAUCACCACCGACGAGGACCCUUCUCAGUGGAAGUCUCUCGCAGACAUCCUGCCAAAGCGAGAGUAUGUGGACAUUGUGGAUGAAGUCCCCAAUGAAGAAGACCGAGAACUACCAGAUCUUCCCGACGAGCCCGACAACACCACCUAUGUGCCUAUCCCAAGGGCCAAGCAUAAGCAGACCUUUGGUCCUGAUGAGUAUGUCAAGGUGCACCGCUCUUCGCCCCUUGGCUUGGAUUCCUCCUCCUCUGCGAAUCCAAAGGUGAAGCAUUGGAUUCCGCCGCCACCGGCACCUGACCUUGAGUACACUCCAUCUGUUGCUCCCGAACCAGGUGAACAUGAAGAUGAUCUACCAGAAGCUGAAGUUGGUGCUGACACCACUGAGGUCAGCGUGAGAGAGAAGCGUGAAGUCAAUGACUAUGACCGGGAAGUUGAACGACCUCCCAAGAAAUCCAAAGAUGAAGAGUCUCACAAGAAAGCUCGCUCCAGCUAUGACUUGGGCUGGAUAGAUCUUUUGCGGGCCGAUGUUGACAAUGAGGUGCAGGACUUUGAGCUCUACCAGGCUUUCCAAGAGACUGAAGAGCCAUCUGCCAACGCAUCGAUGCUGCAUACCAGUGGGGCAGUGUCAAGCGUGGAUGCUACCGCCACGCAGGCACGGACAUCACUUCUGUCCGGAAGCCUGAUGGUCUUGUCGAGAUCGAGGUGGACCAAGACUCCUACAUCGAGACCCUUCAAUUUGCAAUGGUUGGCCAUACAAACCCAACCGCAACUCUGCGCUCGAUGCAACCUCCUGCUGAGCGAUUUGGUGACCAAUGGUCAGUUGGAGCACGCCAGGGAGAUUCAGAACAUGAUCACUGAGAUUCGCCUGGAAUCUUACAAGCUUCGCUUCUUCAAACCCAAAGAUGCUGAGCAUUGGAGUGACCUGACCUUCACCACAAUGGCCGACCAGUCGCACAACAACAGACCAGGUGGAAACUCCACCGGAGGUAUGAUCAGCCUGAUCUCAGGACCCUCCUGUCGCUCCGGCCAUGUCACUGAGUUCAUGUUGGUGAACUGGCGCUGCUGGAAACUCAAACGUAAGGCGAUUGCGUCAAACGACGCAGAAAUACAGGCAGUGCUAGAAUCCGAAGACUCCAACUUUCGGAUGAGGCUCCUAUGGACAGAGAUCCACGGAGCAGGCCACCAAAGGCCAAAAGAGCGCCACGACCUGGUGGAGGAGACGGAGAAGCAGGCCCGUCUUGUGAAAGGCAUACUCUGCACCGACAGCCGUGGAGGCUACGACGCUGUGGAGAUGAACGAAUCUCCACUCCUUGGAUUAUCCAAUAUGAGGGCAGCGCUUCAGGCCUUUCAGUUGCGUGAUAAUCUGAGGAGAGUUGGGGCUGAACUUCGUUGGCUAGCUUCCGAUUUCGACCUGGCCGACAGCCUCACAAAGCGCAAGGCUUCCUGUCGAGAAGGAUUGGUCAAAUUCCUUCAGACCAAUCGCUGGAGCAUCGCCUUCGAUCCACAGUUCGUUGCAGCCAAAAGAAACAAAAAGACAGGCCACACCGCCGUCUCCAAAGUGGACAAAGCCAUGGCAUGGAAUGAGGGUCAUCAUUUUGAGCCCUUUGACCUUUUUUGUAGUGACUCCUCCGAGCUGCACUAUCUUCACACCUUCGCAGCUGAUUUUCUCUUUUGGGGUGGUGCAACAAACCCACCUUCAGCUGCUCAGGCAUGUAUGGAUGCCGCUGUGUCUUGGCUUGGAGGGGUGAACUCCUUCAUCCCGGGGAACAGCGACUGGCGUACCCAUGGUGGCUUGGAAAGCCGUUGGUUCAGCUUUGAGCUUUUCAGGGACCCCCUCGUCCGCUUCUUCUUCAACGAAGAGAUCCGGAAAGGACACGCUGCUCAGGCGGUGAGUGUCUCACAGGACACGCUCCUGGUGGACCUCACAGGGCCACACUCGGAGCAGAGCAGCGCUGACAAGGAGUUUGUGCUGAUCCGAAGCAACUCCGAGAUCGCCCGAGUUGCUGGAGAGAAUGCACACGUUGACGCACAUAGACAUGAACAGCUCUAUGCGGUGGCCGACAAUUUCGAGCAAGAUUUGAAAGAGGCCUCUGACAAGACAGGUGUGCAGAUGGUGUGCACAGAAAGGUUUGAGAAUCUUUGGGCAAAAGACCGGCAGAUGCAUCAGCAGAUUGGCAUGCCCUUGGUCGUGGUGAGCGACUCGUCCAACAACGCAUUUCAAGGCCGCCGUGGCCGCCGUGGCCGGGUUGCGGGUAUUGACAAAGGGAUUUACAUCUUCCAGACGGGAGCGGUUGGUGGCCUCAGCCCAGAGCAGCGCGUAGUGCAGCUGCAAGAUACUGCCGAAGGCCGGAAGGUGGGGAUUGUGGCCUUGGCCGCUGGCUACAUGGCUGGGAAGCCAAGUAGUCUGGUGGAUAUGCGCACAUGCGAGCUUACCUGGCGGGCCUUGAGUGAAGUUCUUCAAGGCAUUGGCGGAAUGGAUGUGAAUUUCUGA